GGAAAAAACAAGAGAGAAAAUCCCCCCCACCCUACUAAACUAACGCGCCCGGAGAGAGACAGAGAGAGAGAGGUGAAUCCGACAUCCAUUCUCUAGUCCCUGAAGAUAGAUGUUCCCAAACAUAUCCAUUUGAGUCACAUUUCAGAGUAUCACUCUUUCUCUUUGUACCCAAAACAGAGAAAGAAGAAGAAGACAAGUAAUACUGGUACAAUAUGGAUCCAUGCCCAUUCGUUCGGCUGAUCGUGGAAUCACUGGCUCUCAAGCUCCCGCAGGCGACCAAGCCGGCCGGUCCGGGGGUCCACCCAUCCACCACCCCGUGCUUCUGCAAGGUACGGAUCAAGAACUUCCCUUCCCAGACCGCCCUCCUCCCUCUCUGCCACACGCCCGGAGACUCUCCUCCUAACUCCUCCACCUCCGCCUCCGGUUUUGACCUCGACUCCGCCGCCCUCCGCCGACUCUCCGGAAAGCCCGUCGCGCUCCGCGUGUCCGUCUACACGGGCCGCAUGGGUCGCACUUGCGGCGUCAGCGGCGGGAAGCUUCUGGGACGGGUCCAUGUCGGCAUCAACCUGGAGGGCGCCGAGGCCCGGCCCCACGUGUUCCAGACCGGCUGGAUGAAGCUGGGGAACAAGCCGGACAAGCCUUCGGCCCGAUUUCACAUUGUGGUCCGGUCUGAACCGGAUCCGCGGUUUGUGUUCCAGUUCGGUGGCGAACCGGAGUGCAGCCCGGUCGUUUUCCAGAUUCAAGGGAAUAUCAGGCAGCCGGUUUUCAGCUGUACGUUCAGUGCGGACCGGAACAACAGGUCCAGAUCUCUGCCAUCAGAUUUCACCAGCAGUCAGAGGGGAUGGAGGAGAACCUUUUCUGGAGAUAGGGAGAGGCCAGGAAGGGAGCGAAAAGGGUGGAUGAUAAUGAUAUAUGAUCUCUCCGGCUCGCCUGUGGCCGCUGCUUCCGUGAUCACUCCAUUUGUCCCUUCACCAGGCACAGACCGUGUCUCUCGAUCGAACCCCGGUGCUUGGCUCAUUCUCCGCCCUCAUGGGAUCUCCAUCAGCAGCUGGAAGCCAUGGGGUCGUCUUGAGGCGUGGCGAGAGAGAGGCCCUAUUGAUGGCUUAGGUUACAAGUUUGAGCUUGUAACUGACAAUGGCCCUAACGGUAGCAUUCCCAUUGCUGAAGGUACCAUGAGCAUGAAAAAGGGUGGCCAAUUUUGCAUUGAUAGUGGAAUAAUGAAAGAUUCUGCAUUGAGUUCAAGGUCACCUGUGAAAGGGUUUGUGAUGAGUUCAACUGUGGAAGGUGAAGGAAAAGUUAGCAAGCCUGUUGUACAAGUAGGGCUUCAGCAUGUAACCUGUAUGCCUGAUGCUGCCUUAUUCAUAGCGCUUUCAGCUGCCAUUGAUCUUAGCAUCGACGCUUGCAGACUUUUCUCACAAAAACUCAGGAAGGAACUUUGCCAUGAUGAACAAGAUUCCUUUUUCUGAACCUUCUGUUAAAACCCAUUGUCUUUCUGCAAAAUCACGUCAAAUGCUGUGAUAACCAUCUACUUCUUGCUCAUUCUGAGCAAACCCCACUGCCCUAGCCAGUUGGUUUGAGCUAUAUAUAUAUAUAUUUGCAGCUUCAUUUUUACCCUCUAUUCUUUCACCCUCAUUUUUUUUCCUCCCACAAUUUAUAUACUCUUUUGUUUUUAUUCCCAUAUUCGGGUGCGUGGCCUCCUCUUAUCUCCUCUCUGAUUUGUGAGACUCUUCUUCGAUUAAUCAUCCUUGAUUUUGGGUUUAUGAGUCACAACGCCUGCUGGUUUUUGCUGCCAUUAAUUUGGGUUUUGUUGAGAGAUUAUAAUUAGGGAAAAUUUAUCUUAUGACUGCAAUAUUGUUCCAUGUAUUAGCCUUAAACUUACGGAUUGAUACUGUACAGAAAGAAAAGUGCAAAUGUUUGUUCAUA